CCUCUGGUAGUCUCAAUAGCGCAGGCGCUGGGUAGUGUCCCAUAUAAAUUUGCCAACAUUUAGGCAUUCUAUUUUGAAACUACUGAAAGAAAAAGAGAGAUUUUUUUUGGGCAAGAAAAGAAAAAGGAAAAUGAAAGGAAAAUGCAUAAAAUUGGGGUGAAAAUGUACAAAGUGGGUGACAAUAUUUGGUGAAAAAGUCCUUUUUGUGGUUAUUUCUGUUUUUUUUGUUGUUUUUUGUUGUUGUUGUUGCUAUUUGGUUUGUGUGAUGGGCAAGGAGAAUGAAUUUCUUGAAGCUGCCCGAACUGGGAAUGUGAGUACGGUGGAAAAGUACCUGUAUCAGCGCUCAAAGCGUUCCGGACCCCUUGCCAGUCUCAGACGUACCCCAACAACAAAUGUACAGGACUCCAAUGGCUACUCAGCCUUGCACUAUGCUGCCCUAAAUGGUCAUACUGAAGUGGUACAGUUGCUAUUGAUUGGUGAUGCUAAUCCCAAUAUUCAGGAUACACGAGGAUCUGGACCAUUGCAUCUGGCUGCAUGGGCUGGACACCAUGAUAUUGUUAAAUUACUUCUGGCUCACAAUCAUCGACCAGCUGAUGCAAAUCUCCUGACAGCUGAUGCUGAUACCCCAUUGCACUGUGCUGCCCAACAUGGUCACACUGGUGCCCUGACGACACUCCUGGCCUACGGGGCAGAUCCUACACUCACAAACAUUCGCGGUGAGACACCAUUUGACCUAGCAGCACAAUAUGGACGUUUUCAGGCCGUUCAGAUGCUGAUACGGGCUCAUCCGGACCUAAUGGCACCAUUCCGGCGACCACUGACAGAUGGUACUACACACCAUCACACGCCACUUCAUUUGGCAGCUCGAAAUGGUCACUCACGUGUCGUUGAGAUUCUCCUGGCGGCCGGGAUUGAUGUAAAUGUUCAGACACCAGGUGGCUCUGCUCUCCAUGAGGCAGCACUCUGUGGCAAAGAUGCCGUUGUACGCAUUCUACUGUCAUCUGGUGCCGAUUUAGGUGCCACUGACAGUCAUGGACGCACGCCAAUUGAUCUUCUAGAACAAUUUCCGCCACAUGUCACACGACGCAUCAUCAAUGUCAUAACAAAUUUUCAGCAUGAUCCAUGGCGUCGUCGACCACGUUCAUCGAGUCCACGGAGUCCGGCCCGAAGUGCGGCCCCAGCUCCGGCCCCAAAGAAGCCCCCAAGGAGAAAUCUCAGUGUAUCACCGACGAAUCUUGUGGCACAUCAACGUGAUGCUGACAUUGCCAUGCGGAACUAUGAUUCCACCAGAAAGCUCAAAAGAUGGCGUCAUAGUCACUUCAUCGAACACUGUAUCAACGCCGCUAGAUGCCCCCUCAGCCCUACGAAUUACCUUCAGCCACCAACACCGGAACAUGCGCCCCCAAGUGCAGCCACUGCCGAAGCCACCAUUCAUCUGCAUAUGCGCCCCCUCAGUGUGGCCUUUAGCGAUGUCGCUACGUCACCUGACUCAGCUUACAGCGCCACUAGCAGUGACAGUGACAGUGACAGUGAUACCAGUGACACACUAUUUCGCGGGACAAUUGUCCUUACCAGUACGUCACGGCGUGAUCAUGAGAAAUCCCGCACAUGUAUCAUCCAUCAGCGUUUUGAUGUCAUUGACCGUGAACGUCUGGGAUCCAGUGAAGUGGUGCCAUCUGUCACAAAUGACAAUCAUGAAGUGGAUAGUGGAGGCGCGAGACAAGAAAUUGGAGGUGACAUUGUGGAUUUGGCUGGGAUGAUGGAGAAGAAAGAAUGGCGUGAUUUGUCAAAAUCACUUGAAUUAUUUGGUGAUGAUGAAUGUGAAUGUCAAAAUGAUGACAAUGAAUUGUCAGCCAUAUUGAAUAGUAUUGGUUUGGGUCAUUUGACAGAUAGUUUCAUUGACAAUGGCUUCGAUAGUUUGCCAUUUAUUGAAGAUACUCUCAGAAUGGAUGAUAUUGCGAUGGCUAAGGAGGAUUUUGAGAAAUUGCUGGGGAUUCUACCAAAACAGGAUACAUCGCCAUUUACUUAUUGUGAUUCUGUGGGAUUUGACUUGAGAAAAUGGUUAGAGAGUAUCCAUCUUGUUGGGUAUAUUGAGACAUUUGAGCGCCAUCUUGUGAAGAAUUGGGAACGUAUUAGUGGAAUAUGGGAAAGUGAAUUGCAGACAUUGCUGGAAAUUGACAAAAUUGGUCAUCGUCGGAGGAUUUUAGUGUCAUUGGAACACAUUAAACCGGUUUUAGUGGCAAAUGGUCAAUGUUGCGAUGUCAAACCACUGGAAAUGCGGAAUCCAUGGGAAGUAAUUGGUGUUGUUGGUAGUGCAAAAUGGCGUCAUCAAUCAAUUAAACUUGUUAGUAGUGCUAUUACCUACAGAGCCAUCUAUCUUGGUGCUACACCAAUUGAUACAACCCAUUCAGCUACACAGACACGUGAAUCAAUUGUCACGCUAAAACGCAAAGAGGCACCACGUAGUGCCAUUUGUCUAACAAUAAGUCAUCGUGGUAUUGAACAGAGACAUUCGGAUGAUGAUCAAAAUGGUGUUCAUGAGUACAGUAUGCGUGAUAUAGCUUUUGCAUGUCAAGAUGCUGAUGAUUUUUCCCAUUUUGCCUUUAUCACCAACGAAGGACGCCAUCUAUGUCAUGUUUUUAGUGCCCAAUCAAUGGAUAUUGCAACAGAAAUUAUCCUAACAAUUGGUCAAUGUUUCGAAAUAGCCUAUCAAAUGGCUAUGAAUGAGUAAAAGACCAUCAUGCAUCAGCUGUGGACCCUAAGCCCUUUCACUGCCACAAAAAAAAAACUUUACAAAAAAAGAUAUUGACACGUAGAUCCUCUCAUUAUCCUAAAAUUUUUUGACUAUUUUUAUUAGUAUUCCUGUGAGAAAAUGAAGAACCUGAAGCAGGUCAUUUAAGUGUAAGGGGGAAGAUGUGGAGUACCUUUGAAUAGAGGCGUUCAUAUAAGGGAAUUCGGUAACAAUAUGACAGCUUUCCUGUAACUGAUACAGCCCCAUAGCAAAAAUUCCGCGGAAAUUCCAGUGAAAAACUAGCGUACAAAUUGCAAAAUUCGCUGGAAUUUGACGCAAAAAUUCCACUAAGUUUUCCCUAUGGAAUUUGGAGCAGGAAAUUCCAUUGGAAUCAUAGCUCUCCAUGGAAUUUCAAGUACGAGUAGCGAGAAUUCUAUCACACAUACCAAUAUACUUUCCUCCAAAAUCUAUCAGGUAUGAGUUUCUAAAAAUCUAUCUCAGGUAUUAGUUUUUUCAGAAAAUUUUAUUUAACUGCCAAGAGCAAUUCAGAAAAAAAAUUUAAGAUGAUAUUUGUAUUCUCAACUUAUGGUUCUUUAAGUACUAUUUUACGACUAUUUUGUAUCUUAUAUUACUUAAUUUUUAUUAAUUAUUUUUACAUUUACAAUUAUUUUGUGUUUUUUAAUCAAUUUUCAUGCUACGAAACCUAUAAAUUGUCAUCACCUAAUGAAGUUUUGCCAACGAGGGGAAUUAAUUAGAACAAAUUUUGGCAUUUUCUCGUCUUUAGCGAGUUUUUUUUUGGAUAUUGAAAUACUUGAGAGAUAAAUAUAUUUAAGAUAUUCGGAAUUUUUGAGAAUCAAUUGCGUUAUUCUCAUAAUUUCUAUACUGGAUUGAAACGUGACCUUUUUUGAUAAUCGUAGUCUUAAUUGUGGUAAAACCCAUUCAAUUGUUAAUUCAUUUAUGAUGUUACAAUCUGUAUAAAAAAUGUGGAACUUUAUGGCACUUUACCGCACUUUAAAAUGAUAUUCCAAUAUUCUGAUUCUUGGUCUAUUAUUUUUUUUUAUUUAAAUCAUAAAAAUGUUAUUAAAUAAUUUUUUCACAAGAGAGAGUUAAUUAAAUAUUCUAUACAAGGGAAAAGUGCUCUCUGCAGUUCAGACUUUACCAUCUUUUUCCGGGAAAAUCGAAAAUAAACCUUAAUUUUUUGCUACACAAAUAAAAUCUGUAAUUCAUUAAGAUCCAAUGCCUACCUCAUUUAAUAUUAAAAGUUCUUAAUUUUUUUGUUACAAGACAAAUAAAAAAGCAAUCUGGAUUUGUUCCAAGACAUAUGGUACAAUUUUGCCUUCAAAUGUGAAAGUACAUGCCUCUGAAUCUAGAACAGUUUCUGAAAAUAUUGCUGUCGAAAUAUCAAAUGAGGUAUUAUUUAUAAGCCUGAGACCUAAUUGGAACUAUCAUUGUAGUGAAACAACCUAUCAAAACAAAUUCAAUUUUUCUGAAGUGUUACUUUUCCUUUGGAAAAACCAUUUCAUCGAAAUGGAAACGCGACGCAAAAAGACAAAUGUGAUACUCCAAAAUUAUUAUUAUUAUUAUUAUUAUUAGAUUGGCCAGUAAUGGCUAGCCUUGCCUAGAAAGCUGUAAAUUUUUUUUCUGUGUAGUCUAUAAUUUUUCAAAAAAAAACUUAAUAAAAUUGAAAAUUGACUAUCAAGUGUACAAUUUUGAAUGUAAUCUUUAAAGAUAUUAGCUGCAAAAUAUGAUCAAAUUAUAAAAUUUAACAAUGCAAAAUCGAUUUAACUAAAUUAUUGAGUUUAAUGGCAUAUAGGGUAAGUGUGCCAAAUUUCGGCAUAGUUGCAUAUAAGCACCGAAGUCCUAAGUUUGAAAUGCAAUAUUUUUAAUUCACAUUGAUAUUUUUUGUUACUUCCUUUUCGGGAGGAUUGUGUGGAAACUUCAAGACUAGUUUAUCAUUUUUGUUUUCUUUUUAAUCACUUCCUAAAAUAUUGAAAAAAAAUAAUAAAAAUAUGGACAUUGCUUUGGGUAGUAUUUCGGCCACUUUGUGUGAAAUUCCGGCCACCUUUUAUCUGACAACCUUUUGUGACGGAACGGAUAGAAAAUUUCAAAACGUCAAACGGAACGAGUUUAAUAUUUAAUUUAAUACGUUUAUAUGACUCACAAUCCCUGAGAUCUUCUUUGUAAUUUGUCCUAAACACCUGAAGAGUAGCAUCUCAAAUUUACGCGCAGAUUCCCGUAGCAAUUUGCACUUCCUGAACUCUUCCAAGGCCUUUCCACAUCAUCUUUUUCAUAGAAGAGAUGGUUUUUUUCUCUGGACAUUGUAGAACUCAGAAAUUGAAAAAAAAAAACAUAAAAUGAAUAAGAAAUUUAGGAAAGCAAAAGAUGUUGCCGGAAUUAGCAACACUACCUCACCGGAGAGACGCUCACAAAGUAUAUACUUUUUUUACUCGAAAUACAGGAUCCAGCUGGGAAAUUUUACCCGAAAUUUAAAGAUUGAUUCACUAUUAACAUAAAUAGAAACAAUCUUUAAUGAAAACUAAUCAAUUUUCAUGAAAAACACCGAAGGAAAACCUUUUGCACUUCACCACAAAUCACAAGACUGCUAGAAACACAAGCGAUCUGUCACAUUUUUUGUAAGACUCUUUCUACACUGAGUUUUUACAACGCAAUUUAAAUUCAAAUUAUACCUUAAAUUUAACUGUUUUUGUGUU